GGAGAAGAGGUUAUAGAGAGAGAAAGAGAUUGGUGAGUGGAGAGAGAAAGGGUGAGGUAGAAAGGAUCAGAGAACCUGGGGGGGUGGGGGGGAGAGAGAGAGGGGCGAAGAAGGUGUGCCAUCUGUUGUACUUGAGAGCACUACUCGGGGUUUUCGACGCCCUUCGUUACUAUUUGCUUGUGGAGUCUGCUCUGUUGUGAAUUGUGAAGGGGAUGAGGCCCAAAGGUGAUCCGUUUGUGCUAUCUUCGGAGUUUAUCUCGUCUGUUGGAGAAACCCAACGAGCUGCAUCAAUGGGUGAAGCCCUAGUUUCUGAGGGUUGUUGAUCUGCAGAGGCAUUGCGGAGAUGCUGAUGCUGUGGCAAUUAUUUGAUUGUGCGAACUUAAAGUUUGCAGCGACAACAUUCCAUGGUUUCUGUUUUGUCUAUUAAUUUAUGACAAAAGACGUCUAGUUUUUCUCUUUCCAAAAAUUGUGGGCACAUGAGAUUUCUCGUAGGUACAGACUUUACCUUUUGCGGUGAUGCAUAGGACAAAGAAGGGACGGCACUGCAGGAUGAAGUGCUACUGAGUUAGCUGUUCAAAAUGUUAUUCAGUAAAGAAAUUGAGGAUUUGCAUGAUGAUGGUUUUGAGGGGUCAAAUGAUGAGUGCCGCAUUUUCACGGAUAUCUUCUUUGCUAAAGAUAUUGGUAGUACUAGCAAGAGGUGUCUUGUUACUGGAGUCAUUAACUUUGAAUCCGAGCUCACUAAACAUGCGGAUGCAUCUCAUUGUUCAAACAGUGAAAACUCAGCUGUCACAAGUCAGUCCUCUUCCAAAGAUAUUUAUGUGGAGGAUUGUUAUAAUGUGAACGAGGAUUCUAGAGGGAUAUUGGGAUCACGUUGUCUUUCAAAAAGAUUUGCUUUGGCGGAAAAGGACGACCACGAUGUGAAUGUUAAACGGAUGCGGAUAUCAGUUGAUGAACUUACUAAUAUGAAACCUGAAAUGGGUAAGGUUCUGAGGUCAUCAGUGCCUAUAAAGGAAAAUGCUUCUAGCACAUCCUAUUCAGCUUCACACUCUGUUCAUCAAACAAGAACAUAUCGUUUGGUUGAAUCAUCCAGUCAGGGUGUUACAACUAGUUUCUAUCUGUUGAAGCGGCCUGUGGAAGUGGACAGAGUAGGUGAUGUGGGUGACAGAGAAGUUUCCAAGUGUAGAUUGUCGAGCCUUGAUGGAAAUGAUGGAAAGGAAUUAAUUUUAAGUAAAACUAUUGCUUCACCUGUUUCUCAGGAGAGCUUUGCUACGAAGCUUUUGGUUGCAAGUCGACCUGCUACAGUUGCAGUUAAAUCUGGAUCUGCACUUUGUAUCAAGGAGAGACCAAUGGAAUCCAAUUUUCAAGAAUUAGAUUUGCCCAAUAUGUCCUUGAAGGGAAAUUGUAUGAAGGAUCCGCGUUAUAUUCUGCACAAGCAUGCUAUUCGCUUAUUGAUGGAGGCAGGAUGGGAAAUUGAAAAGCGUAAAAGAAGCAACAGACCUUGCAUGGACUCAUUUUAUUGGUCACCUGAAGGCAGGAUGUAUCGUGAAUUUUCAAGAGCUUGGUGUUUAUGUGGUCAGAAUUUAUUUACUGAUGAAUAUGAUUUAGUGCAGGAAUAUGAUGGUAUGCAGUGGACUGAUAUCAGUCAGUUUUGUUCUGAUCUAUCUGAUACUUUAAUGCAUAUUGAAAAAGAAAUUAAUCAGUCAGAAUCUACCACUACAUUGGCUCAUCAAUGGAGUCUUCUAGACCCCUUUGUGGCUAUUGUGCUUGUCAACAAGAAGAUUGGUGUGCUAAGAAAGGGAAAUGUUGUUAAAGCAGCAAGAAGUUUUGUGAUUGAUAAGAGGGAUAAAAGUAAUGCAGUUUUGUCCUUGAAAAAUAGAAAUGAUGCUGGAAACCACCUUGCACUAGAAAAUGUUUUAAUCUUGCCAUGUGAUUCUUCACUGGCUGCUGAAAGUGCGUUGACUGUUUCUGAGAGGAAUUACCAUAGCCAGGUUGAGCACUGUGGCAAAAAAAUUGCAAUUUUUGAUGGACAGACACAAAAAGGAGCAGUGAAAAUUUUGAAGAGUGUAUCAGAUUAUGUGUCUGAGGAAAAAGGUGUACAUGCAGUUAAUAAUAGGGGAGUUAAUCAGGCUGGGAGACUUUCUGGAAAUAAUUUAAACAGUCCAGAAAUGAGUGCCUUACCGGCUUUUGGGUCAGAUAGCACUUCUAUCAAGUCUUAUGGUUGCUUGUAUGAUGUUCCUGUUGCUUCUGGAAAUAUUGAUUUGAUGCUUGGAGGAUCUGAAACUCUCUCCCCAAAUCAAGAUAGUAAUACAAGUUCUCCGUCCUGUGAUGAUGUUGAAAUACACAUAGAUGUUGUGGGCAGACUGAAUGAUUCUUUGGAGGAAAAUGAUGAGGCAAUAAAUGGCCAACAGGAAUCUGUGCACAAACUUCUAAGCAGUGGGAGCAAUGGUCUAUUGCAAUCUCAUGUGACUGAUAAAUCACGUUUGCUGUUGAACAUGUGUGGAAGUAACGUUUCUGAUUUAUGCCGGCCAUCCUCUUUUGGAGAUAGAGAUUUAGUUGAUCUGAACAAUGAACUGAAAUGUAAUAAAGAUUCUUCACGUCCCCAAGAUGAACCAUUUUCACCUGAAAUUGUCACUUCAGAAGUUGUACAACAGUCUGGACAUAUUCGGGAGGGGGAUGGGCUGUGCAUUGAUGCUUUUGAAUUGAAGAUGGAUGAUACGUUGUCCGCAAUAGAUGUUACCUCAAGAAAGAAGACGCCCGUAAAGUCUAAAAGAAUAUCUGAAAUUAAAUCGACCACUUUAUACAGAAAGGACAGUUUGGUUCUGUCCAAACUCAGAAACAAUGGGAGUUUCAAAGAAUCGUUGUCUCACAGCUAUUCUCAUCAUCAGAGUGAGAGAAAAAAUUUGAACAUUAAGAAUUUAUGUCACAAUAGUGGUGCUUCUGAAAAAAUGGAUCCAGUGGCUCGUGGCUGUAGAGUGCCAAUGGAGCUUGACUCUGAAGAUUAUAUUAAUGUGGUCCAUGUGCAUACCAGUAACGGAAUUUUGGAGUCUCAUUGUCACAGUGAAGCCUCUAAAUCAAGGAAACUUGAAACUCAAGAUGACAAUGGACAAAAGAGAUCAAGUAGGUGCCAGAUUAAAGAUGACGACCUUUUGAUUUCAGCUAUUAUAAAAAACAUAGACUUCAGCUCCAGUACCAAGCCAUCUUCAUCAAAAUUAAAGGUCAGCAAAUCAAAAUCUCUGAGAAAGCUCAAAAACCGAAAGGGCAGUUGUAAAUUGCUUCCAAGAAGUUUGGGUAAGGGUGGAAAGCAUUUUUCAGAUGGAAAGUGGUCAUCAUUGGGUUUGCGUACAGUAUUGUCCUGGUUGAUUGAUGCUGGAGUUGUUUCUUUGAAUGAUGUGAUCCAAUACAGGAAUCCAAAAGAAGAUUCCGUAGUUAAAGAUGGCUUGGUUACUAGGGAUGGGAUCCUCUGUAAAUGUUGCAGUAAAGUGCUCUCUCUCUCUGAAUUCAAGAUUCAUGCAGGUUACAAGCUGAACCGUCCCUCUUUGAAUCUUUUUUUGGAAUCUGGUCAGUCAUUCACUCUGUGCCAGCUUCAGGCUUGGUCAGCUGAAUACAAGGCCAGGAAGGGUGGCAAUAGAACUGUACAAGUGGAUGAGGUGGACCAAAAUGAUGAUGCAUGUGGACUGUGCGGUGAUGGAGGCGAGUUGAUAUGCUGUGAUGGUUGCCCAUCUACUUUUCAUCGGGCAUGCUUGUCUGCAAAGGAGCUCCCGGAAGGCAGUUGGUAUUGCCUGAACUGCACUUGUCGGAUUUGUGGUGAUGUGGUUAAUGAUAAAGAGGCUUCAAGUUCUUUUGUUGCAUUCAAAUGUUCACAGUGCGAACAUAAAUAUCACGAGGCAUGCUUGAAAGGGAAAGGUAUAAACAAAGGGGUUGUUUCUGAUGCUUGGCUUUGUGGUGGAAAAUGUCAGGAGGUUUAUUCAGGUCUUCAUUCUCGCAUUGGUGUCAUGAAUCACAUUAUCGAUGGCUUUUCUUGGACGCUUUUGAGAUGUAUUCAUGAUGACCAAAAGGUUCAUUCUGCUCAACGUUUUGCUUUGAAGGCUGAAUGCAACUCAAAAUUAGCUGUUGCUCUUGCCAUCAUGGAGGAAUGCUUUUUAUCCAUGGUAGAUCCGAGAACAGGCAUAGACAUCUUACCUCAUUUAUUAUACAAUUGGGGGUCAAAUUUUGCACGUCUGAACUUUCAUGGAUUCUACACUGCAGUUUUAGAGAAAAAUGACGUGCUGAUGUCGGUAGCAUCAAUCAGGGUACAUGGAGCAAUGGUUGCAGAGAUGCCCCUUAUUGCCACCUGCAGUAAAUAUCGUCGUCAGGGAAUGUGUCGACGCCUUAUGAGUGUCAUUGAGGAGAUGUUAAAAUCUUUCAAGGUUGAAAUGCUUGUGAUAGCUGCAAUUCCAAGUUUGGUGGAGACGUGGACUGUUGGUUUUGGUUUUGAACCAUUAGAAGACGAUGAAAAAGAAAUUCUGAACGACAUCAACUUGAUGGUGUUCCCUGGGACAGUACGGCUUAAAAAGCUGUUGUAUGCGUCUCAUGACACCCACGAACGAGCUGGCAAUAAAGAACACGGUGAUGCGUUGAAUGUCCUACCAGAUGAAUCGGCUAACAUAGGCAAUUGCUCGAAAGGAGAGCCUUUUGUGGAGGUGGGAUGGAAAUCUGAUAGUAGCUCCUGUGUCAUAGAAGAACUGGCAGACUGCGAGAGUCUGCGAGUCAGUGACGCUUAUGGUGACGAUGUCGACCAAAGUAGUUUGCAAAAACAGUUUUCAAAAGUUUCGUGUGAACAGGUUUCAACAGUUGGGGGAAUGCAGUCCCAAGCAAUAUCUAGUGUUGAAUCCCCACGUGUAAAUGGUGAGAGACAACUUUCUUUGAUCAAACAGGACUGCAAUUUGCAUGGGAAGUAGGAAUAAAAAAAGAAAGAAAAUAAUGAUAUUAGAAGCAAUUGACUGAUGGUGACGAUAGAUUAACACUGGUAUCUGAGUCUCGUGGCCUGAAGGUGGCAGUUCAAAAUAUUAGCCCCGGUUGUUUGGACAGAGUGUUUUCUCAGGAAAGAUGUCCCGUGCUAAUCUUUCUCAGGAAAUGUCCAGUUGUGAUAAAUGGAGCCCUAAAUGAAGAAGGAGAUAGGCUUGCCUUGCCGUUGAGCCUUGUCAAGUAGUUGAAAGCAUUGCGCCCCUGUGAAAAUGGGCCAUGCCAACCCCCUUUAAUCCCAGCCUCUCAUUUUUUGUAAAUAAAGUUUAACCAUUUAUGAUUCUAAUAUGUAAAUGUGGACAGUUAGUUCAGUCAAUAUUCCUUUCAAAAUAA